GAGUUAAUGAGAAUUAAUUUUCUUCAGAAAAUUAUUGUGUCGAAAAUUUCACCAGAGUGUGACUUAGUACACUGGCUCUCUCUAGCUGUCACACAAAUAUUACAUCAAACAACUAUAUUCGGGCAUGUAUAUUGGUGUGCGUCAUUACUCUACACUAACAUAUUACAUACUUCAUACUAUUGUCGUUAAAAUCCAACUCAACAUUCGCAAUAAUUAAUCCAAAUCGAAAUCCAGCUCCAAUAAUUAAUAAAUUUAUUUAUUAUUGUCUUCUAAUAAUAAUAAUACCUCUUACAUAAGUUUUAAAAAUAAGAACUGCUGUGUAACAAACAAUAGUGCUCGUGAGAAAAAUAGUUAAUGACAAUUAUUAACCAAGUAAAUUGAAUAAUUGCAGUUGGGAACUUGUGAUCUUCAUCGGGAGCACACCAUAAAAGUCAUUGAUCGUAGUCGUAAUUUUUUUUACACCAGUCCCACAUAUUUAAAGAUUUUAAUCAGCAAUUACUGUUAUAAAUUGAUAAAAAAUUUUUUAUAUACACUUAAAUUAUUUUUAAAAUAGUAUAAUAAAGAUUUUAAAUGCAACGUGCAAUGAAUAACCAACAAUUAAAUAUUUGCAAACAGUGUAAUUAUUGAUAAUGAGUUAGUUGUUAAUCAAUAUUUAUCGGAGGUCAGUUAUUGGUUAUUUAAAACCGAUCCAGUGUAAUUGUUUUUAUUUAUAACAAUAAAUAAUAGUAACGAUGGCUGCUACUUUUGAUCAAUAUGAUAAAUCUAGCUGGUACUUUGGUGCAAUGUCACGGCAAGAUGCAUCGGAUUUACUAAUGGGCGAAAAAGAAGGUGGAGUUUUUUUAGUAAGAGACAGCACAUCAAUACACGGUGAUUUUGUGCUGUGUGUUAGAGAAGAUAGUAAAGUUAGUCAUUAUAUUAUUAAUAAAAUUCAACAAGCUGAUCAAAUACUUUAUCGUAUUGGAGAUCAAAUAUUCCCAGAUAUUCCAAACUUAUUGGCGUUUUAUAAGUUACAUUACUUAGACACGACGCCGCUUAUUAGGCCAGCGCCGAAAAAAUUACAAAAAGUUAUUGCUAAGUAUGAUUUUGAGGGCAAUGAUCAAGAUGACUUACCAUUUAGAAAAGGUGAAAUAUUGACAAUAAUUUCAAAGGAUGAAGAGCAAUGGUGGACAGCAAAAAACAACGUCGGACAAAAAGGAUCAAUCCCAGUACCUUACGUUCAAAAAUACGAGGAAGAAAAUCCGGCUAAUGCAGUCGAUAGUGCAGUAAGUGGAGUGCAAGAGAUAGGUAGCGGUGGUGGUUCUACUUCAAAUUCUAUAAAUCUUUCAUCACAAGCGAUAUUACAGCAGGCACCAGUUAGUCAGGAUUCGCCAGUAGUAACAACAAUCCAGCAACAGCAAGUGACACGUCGUUCAAAUAUACAAAGAACAUUACCGGCAUUCGCAAAAGUUAAACAAGCACGAGUACCGAAUGCAUACGACAAAACCGCAUUGAAAUUAGAAGUAGGUGAUAUUAUUAAAGUGACUAAAACGAAUAUUAACGGACAGUGGGAGGGUGAGUUGCAUGGUAAGACUGGUCAUUUUCCUUUCACACACGUUGAAUUUGUUGAGAAUGAGCCGAAUGAAGAAAAUAAAGACGUAUGAGAGAAUAUAUAAUAUAGAAUAUAUAUAAAUACAUAUAUAAAU